AUGGUAUUUCUCGUGUCUAAAGGAAACCUCCUCCUGCUGCUGUGUGCCAGCAUCUUCCCUGCCUUUGGCCAUGUGGAAACUCGAGCCCACGCAGAGGAACGUCUCCUGAAGAAACUCUUCUCUGGUUACAACAAGUGGUCCCGUCCUGUUGCCAACAUUUCCGACGUGGUUCUCGUCCGCUUCGGCUUGUCCAUCGCCCAGCUCAUCGAUGUCGACGAGAAAAACCAGAUGAUGACCACGAACGUGUGGGUGAAGCAGGAGUGGCACGACUACAAGCUGCGCUGGGACCCUCAAGAGUAUGAAAACGUCACGUCCAUCCGGAUCCCCUCGGAGCUCAUCUGGAGGCCAGAUAUCGUCCUCUACAACAAUGCUGAUGGUGACUUUGCAGUCACCCACUUGACCAAGGCCCACCUCUUCUAUGAUGGGAGAAUUAAAUGGAUGCCACCUGCUAUCUAUAAAAGCUCCUGCAGCAUCGAUGUAACCUUCUUCCCCUUUGACCAGCAAAACUGCACAAUGAAGUUUGGCUCCUGGACCUAUGACAAAGCCAAGAUAGACUUGGUGAGCAUGCACAGUCAUGUGGACCAGCUGGACUACUGGGAGAGUGGGGAAUGGGUUAUCAUCAACGCUGUGGGCAAUUACAACAGCAAGAAAUAUGAAUGCUGCACAGAGAUCUACCCUGAUAUAACUUAUUCCUUCAUUAUCCGGAGACUGCCACUGUUCUACACAAUCAAUCUGAUCAUCCCCUGCCUGCUGAUCUCCUGCCUGACUGUCCUGGUCUUCUAUCUGCCCUCUGAGUGUGGAGAGAAGAUAACCUUGUGUAUCUCCGUGCUGCUGUCCCUCACUGUGUUCCUGCUGCUCAUCACAGAGAUUAUCCCAUCUACCUCCUUGGUCAUCCCUCUGAUUGGGGAGUAUCUUCUCUUCACCAUGAUAUUUGUUACCUUGUCCAUCAUCAUCACUGUCUUUGUGCUCAACGUGCACCAUCGUUCCCCACGGACCCACACGAUGCCUGACUGGGUGAGGAGGAUCUUCCUUGACAUAGUCCCACGCCUCCUCUUCAUGAAACGUCCCUCUGCAGUGAAAGACAAUUGCAAGAAGCUCAUUGAAUCCAUGCACAAAAUAACCAAUACCUCAAGGCUUUGGUCUGAGAUCGAUGUGGAACCCAACUUCACUACCUCAUCUUCCCCCAGCCCCCAGAGCAAUGAACCAUCACCCACAUCUUCCUUCUGUGCUCGCCUCGAGGAACCAGCCAAGCCUCAACCUAUCUGCAAGUCCCCUUCUGGGCAGUACUCUGUGCUGCACCCAGAGCCUGUACAGGUCACCUGCUCCUCUCCACAACCCUCAGGUCACCCCUUGAGUGACACCCAGACCACCUCCACCUUGAAAGGCAGAUCACUAAGCGUUCAGCAGAUGUACAGCCCUAAUAAAGCAGAGGAAGGAAGUAUCCGCUGUAGGUCCCGGAGCAUCCAGUAUUGCUACCUGCAAGAAGACUCUUCCCAGACCAAUGGCCAAUCCACUGGCUCCCCAGCAUCCCAGAGGUGCCACCUAAAUGAAGAGCAGCCUCACCAUAAAGCCCCUCAGUGCAAGUGUAAAUGCAAAAAGGCAGCAGGCGCUCCAGCUCAGGGGAGCAAGACUCACAGCACCAAGGAGCAGCACCUUGUGUUGAUGUCCCCAGCCCUGAAGCUGGCAGUGGAAGGGGUUCACUACAUUGCAGACCACCUGCGAGCAGAGGAUGCUGAUUUCUCAGUGAAGGAAGACUGGAAGUACGUUGCAAUGGUCAUUGACAGGAUCUUCCUCUGGAUGUUCAUCAUCGUGUGCUUGCUGGGAACUGUCGGUCUCUUCCUCCCACCCUGGCUGGCAGGAAUGAUCUAA